AUCCAAAUCCAUUCCUUACUUAAGAAAAAAAAAUACAAAAAGUUAAGAUUAUGGAGGGGCUCUUAAAGUUGUCGACGUUGGUGAUUGUGUGCAUGCUAGUGUCCGCUCCAAUGGCGACCGAGGCAGCAAUCUCGUGUGGCGCAGUCGCCAGCAACUUGGGCCAAUGCAUUAACUACCUGACAAAAGGUGGUUACAUUUCUCCAGGGUGUUGUUCUGGCGUUCGGAGGCUCAACAGCAUGGCUCGGACCACCACUGACCGCCAGCAAGCUUGUCGUUGCAUCCAAGGAGCAGCUAAAGCCUUGGGUUCUAGACUUAACGCAGGCCGUGCUGCUGGUCUUCCUGGUGCUUGCCGUGUUAGGAUCUCUUACCCCAUCAGCGCAAGAACCAACUGUAACAACGUCAGGUGAACAUGAGAGGAUGUAUACGUUGAAGGGUUUAUCAUAUAAUCGUCGAGAGAGUAUUAAAGAAUAAUUAAGAUGUCACUAGUAUAAGUGUAUCCAAAUCAUAUUUACUGUUAUCUGUUGUACGUUUUAGAAUUUGUGUGUUUCAUGUCUUUCUUUAUAUACGACGGUCCAUUUAAUUGGUCGUCUGUGUUAUGUAUUCCUCUCAUGAUAUAUGGAAUUACGAUAUGUAUUGUUUC